GCUAGUGGCCCCGUGCCCCGCAUGUUGGCGCAAGUAGACGCCCAGGAGCGAAAACCACCGCCCGGCGCCCCCUCUUCAGCCUUUGCCGUGUCUCUUAAGCUCUCAACUGCGUUUUAGACGGGACAGAUUAGGAGAGGACCGUUGAGCUGAAAGAGAAUGGAAGACUACGGACCCACUCUCCCACCCUCGGGUUUCCCCCCUCCCCUCCCCUCCAAAUAACAGAGAAUUUGGGGGGGUUGGGGAGGGGAUGGGUUUUUAAUUUUUAAAAAUUACGUUAGAUGUUCCCCCUCUCCUUUUUCUUAAGAGGAAAAAGGAAUGUUUUUUAGAGUUUUUCGGUUUGUUUUGUUUUCAAAUAUAAAUAUGUAUAGAGAGAGUUAAAGGGGGAGAAAGAUCUCUUAAAGGAGGAUUAGCUAAUCCCACUCCCUCUGCAAUUUCUGGAGCUGAGAAGAAAAUCACUAACUUUUCUUUUCCAUUCUUCUUGUCCCUCAGAAGCAGGUAUGUCCCUACUUUUUGUAGUAGGCUGCCUUUUCUUCCCACUGUUCUUUACCAUCCUUUGCUGGAGCCUGCAGAAGCAUUCCAGUCUGCAAAUGGAGAAAAAGGAGGCUGUCUUGGUGGCAUCCAAGCUAGUAUCCUCAGUCCAAGCUAUCAUGGCCUCCACAGCUGGCUACAUUGUCUCCACUUCCUGCAAACAUAUCAUUGAUGACCAACACUGGCUAUCCUCAGCUUAUACCCAGUUUGCAGUGCCCUACUUCAUCUACGACAUCUACGCCAUGUUCCUGUGUCACUGGCACAAACACCAGGUCAAAGGUCAUGGAAAGGAUGAGGGAGGGGCUGGCCCCCCAGGAGGCACUUGGGCUGUGGCCCGAGGCUACCUGCACAAGGAAUUCCUCAUGGUGCUGCACCAUGCAGUCAUGGUGCUGGUCUGCUUUCCACUAUCAGUGGUGUGGCGCCAAGGCAAGGGGGACUUCUUCCUGGGCUGUAUGUUGAUGGCUGAAGUCAGCACACCCUUUGUCUGCCUGGGCAAGAUCCUCAUCCAGUACAAGCAGCAGCACACCUUGCUGCACAAAGUGAAUGGUACCCUGAUGCUGCUGAGCUUCCUGUGCUGUCGAGUACUACUCUUCCCCUACCUGUACUGGGCCUAUGGGCAGCAUGCAGGCCUGCCCCUGCUCUCCGUGCCCCUCAAUAUCCCAGCCCAUGUCAACCUGGGGGCCGCCCUGCUGCUUGCUCCACAGCUCUACUGGUUUUUCCUCAUCUGUCGGGGAGCGUGCCGGCUCUUUAGGCCUCGGGGAUCUGCCCCUCCAGCCCCCCGCCAGCCCCCAGGGCUGCAUGAUGGGCCCCGGGACUGAGGGGAGUGGAGUGGGGACACCCAUUCCCUCCAGGAAUUGGGCUCUGGGACUGAUGGGUAGGGAUGGGGACCAGGGGCCUUUCCAGUGGUCCUAGGCCUGAGGAUAGGGAUGGAGAAGUUGGGGGAAAGCUUCUCCCUGUAAGAUGAUAAAGGGAAAGAACAGGGACCAGGCUUGUAGGAAACAGCUACCUCUCUUGUCCCCAGGGUGCCUGGGACUUAGGGACAGAGGGUUUGGAAUGGCCAACAAUCUCCUCUGUGUAGGGACUAGAAAAGUGGAAAUUAGGAGGCACUCUCCUGCUUAUAUAACCCCAGGGAUACCCCUUUUCCAACUAUAAUCUGCAAGGGGCCUAGAAGAGGGAAAUUAAAGAGGAAGGCGCCCUAUUCCACAGCAAUUUUGGGUAGGAUGGACUAAGAGGAAUUGUAGAGGAUCAAGGAGUAAAGCAGGGAAGGGCCCUCUCUUUUUUGCCAAGGACGCGCCUAUUUCCCUUCCCCUUCUGCUGUAGUCUAGGGGAGGGCAGCUCCUAAUCUCAUGCAUCCCUCUGGGGGAGAGAGGUCUCACCAGGGGUCAGGUUGGCUACCCCUUAGAGCUAGCUAGCUCCUCUCCUGCACAGGAAGCCCAGCAUCUCUACAGACCCUUAGGGAUCUCAUUUAUUUCCCCAGGUUUGUAUUAGUCUCUUAGGGGGAGGCACCCACCACCACCUGGCCCAGCCUCUCCAGUGCUGAGGGCCCCAUUGGGGGGAGCUGGGGGAGAGGCUCCAGCGCUCUUCCUUCAGACUACAUGAUUUGGCCUUCUUGCCCUCUCCCACCUGUCCCUGGUGCUACAGACCUCUUGAGGCUUCCUCCAGAUCCAGGAGCAGGGGGAACCUUGGGAGGCGCUACAUAAAGACCGCUAAUAAAAGACAAGAUCAGCGUGAAUGCCA